CGGAGGAGGAUCAAGUUUUUCAACCUUACCUUAAGGGAAUAUACAGCUUGUUUUGUGCCUACGUCACAGGUUUCAGACAUUGCUCUUUUUGGCGUUGUGCUCCUUCAAACUUUUACAAUUUAGGUACAGCCAUUAUUAUAAGGAGCUUACAUGGAGGACGACUUGUAUGGCGGGGAUCUCUAUGGAGACGCUGGGGGAGACUAUGAUGGCGGCUUUGGAGAUGAUGACCAGAACGCUGACUACCUGCCAGGCACAUCAGGCCAGGUUCUUCCGUCUAUGGAUCCUCUAGGAGGGAAGGGCGCAAGCAACGCGAAUGCGGCCCCGAUCCCGUCGGCGAGGGACCUCUUCUCUGACCCACCUGCUACCCGGCCGGACGAUGCUCGGGAUGUUAAAGCGCAGCAAGCCCAACAAGCAGCAGCUGAUAGAUGGCGCAGCGCCUUUAAAGAGGUUGCCAGCAUAUGCGGGCUGCACAGUGGGAAUCGUGAUCCGGACGUCCACACCGUCUUGGAGAGCGUACGGCGGAUCAAGGCUUCCGAAGCGAGCGCGCAGGAGGAGCUGCGGAAGCUCCGUCGCCGGGACGCCGCGCUUCAAAUGCAGCUGGCGGACCGAAACCUGGAAGCGCUGGAGCUGCGGCGGGAGCUGGCGGCGGUGUCCGCAGCCGCCGACCCCUCUGUCGUACAACUGAAACAGUUGAUGUUGGAUCCGGCGGUUGCCCGGGAGUUUUCGCGGCUGAAAGGCGAGCUGGAGGCGGCUCAGGCGGAGCUGGCGACUGCGCGGGAAGAGCUCACCGCGGUGACGUUCACUCAGGAGAGCAAAGUGGGGAGGCAGCUGAUGGCCAAGUGCCGCAGCCUGCAGGAGGAGAAUGAGGAGAUGGGUCGCGAGCUGGCGGAGGGCAAGGCGCACCUAGCGGAGGCGGCGGCGGCGCUGGCUCGCAGCCAGGCGGAGGACGUCAAGGCGGCCUUCCAGGAGCUGGAAGACCACUGCCAGGUCAUGGAGGAUGAGGCGGAGGAGCUGCAGCGGGAGGUGUUUGCGCUGCGGGUGCGGGUCACGGAGCUGGAGCGGGAUGCAGGGCUGCCCCUCAGCAUUGGCGCUGG